AUGGCGACAAAUCGGGUAUCCGAGAAGCCAGGAGGCUUUGUUUUGACAGCCGAAGCGUUAGAAAAAGCUCUUCCAGCUAUGGCAAUGGCCACCAAGGCCGUUCAUGCGGAUGACUUCGUCAGUCCUCAUCGCGCAAUCGCACCUGGAAUACAUGUUGCUGUCAAUUAUCGAUACGCAAGGGAUCCAGAAAAUUUGGUUGAAAUGGAAAAUAUUGAUCCAAAUGCGCCUUUUGACUCGCAUGUGUACUCGCGCUACUCGGCUCCCAAUGCCAAUCGGUUCGAAGUCGUGCUGCGCAGCCUGUUCGGGGGCGAGGUGGUCACAUACUCUACUGGUCUCUCGGCGUUCCAUUCCAUGAUGAUUUUGCUGAAUCCCAGACGCAUCUUCAUCGGUGACGGAUAUCAUGGCUGCCAUGGCGUGAUCGAUGUGAUGAGCAAACUGACCGGCGUUCAAAAGCUAGAUCUGACAGAUCUGGAUCAGUUGGGGGCUGGAGAUGUUAUCCACGUCGAAACGCCGCUCAACCCCACAGGCGAGGCGCGAAACGUCUCCUACUACUCUUCCAAGGCCCGGGAAAGGGGGGCUUUUUUGAGCGUAGAUGCAACAUUCGCUCCGCCUCCUCUUCAGGACCCUUUGCAGUUUGGUGCGGAUAUCGUGAUGCACAGCGGAACUAAGUAUGUUGGCGGCCACUCGGAUAUGCUUUGUGGCAUUUUGGUCGUGCAUCCUGAUCGUGUCAGAGAAGGGUGGGCCGAGACCCUCCACGCAGAGCGUAGAGUCUUAGGCAACGUCAUAGGUAGCUUUGAAGGCUGGCUUGGCAUGAGGUCUAUCCGCACAAUGCAUUUGCGAGUUCUCAGACAAUCCGAUACUGCAAGGAAACUGGUCCACUGGCUACACGAACAAAUGCAGGACCACGAUACUGUGGUCGCCAAGGUUCUUGAUAAAGUUCAACAUGCUUCACUCCAACAGGAAGCCUUGAAAGAAGGUUGGCUCCAAAAACAGAUGCCAGGCGGGUUUGGACCUGUAUUCUCUAUUCUGGUGAAGAGGUCUGAGCACGCCAAACGCCUACCCAGCAGGAUGUAUAUUUUCCAACAUGCAACUAGCCUUGGUGGCGUGGAGAGCUUAAUGGAGUGGCGGGCCAUGAGCGACGCAGGCUGCGAUAAACGGCUGCUUCGCAUCAGCUGUGGCAUCGAGGAGCCUGAAGAUCUUAAAUCAGAUCUUCUCCAAGGUAUGAAGUCACUUUUGCUGGAUUUUCCUUAG